AGUACUCGGCUGAAACAGAGGUGAACAGUAAACUCUGUGUGUUUUGGGGGAUUUCAAGAAAGAAAAGUGUGUGUGAGCGAUGAAGAGGGGGAGGUGAGGAAGACGGAGCAAAACGUCCAGAUCCGAGAGGUUCUCCCAGUGAGAGGCAGCAGCUUACCGACGCUUCCUGCUCCAGAGGUGGUCACGUUACGCGUGGCUCGUCCUGAAUGAGGCUCAGGUAGGUGUGGAACGAUGGAGAGGUUCUCCUGCCGCUGGAUCCUUCUGACUGGAAGCUUUAAUUUGCUGGUUCUCUGUCAACUUGAGACUCAGAGCAACUUCACCUUCAUGAACUCAUCAUCACCUCAACCCCACAGAGACCAAGAGGAGCGUCUCCAGAAACUCUGGGGCCUUCAGUCCAGGACUGUUGUCCAGAACUCCAAAGUCCUCAACAAUCCCUCGGUUCCUCUAUCGAAGCAGAGGCUUUGGGAAAUCCCCAAGUCCAAGUCCAACCCAUCGGUAAAAAUUAAGCUUCAGCCCAUCACGAACGUUCAAGGACUCUCCAAACCGUCGAGGUUGUUCAGCUGGGGCGACUUUUACUCCAACAUCAAAACCGUCAAGCUGAAUUUGCUGAUAAUGGGGAAGAUCGUGGAUCACGGCAACGGCUCUCUCGGCGUCUACUUCCGUCACAACUCCACGGGUGUUGGCAACGUGUCGGUCAGCCUGGUCCCGCCCAUGAAGGAGGUGGCGUUCGACCUGGAGCGCCAGAGCGUGGUCCACCCCAAGGAGUCGAAGACGUUCAACUGCAGGGUGGACUACGAGAAAACCGAACGCAGCAAGAAGGUGAUGCUGUGCAACUACGACCCGUCGAAGACGUGCGACCAAGAACAAACCCAGAGCCACAUCACCUGGAUGUGCUCCAAGCCUUUCCAGGUCAUCUGCGUCUACAUGUCGUUCUACAGCACGGAUUACAGGCUGGUCCAGAAAGUCUGUCCGGACUACAGCUCCCAGGUCCCACCCUACCUGCCCACAGGGUAAACAUGGGGCCAGGUGACGAGGAUGAAGGGAGGAUGCAGUUUGAGCCGUUCAAAACUUUAUCCUAAAAUAUAUGGAAUGCUGUUUGUACAGUAAGUGAGUCAAAUAUUAACAGCAAUAAUUUGGAUUAUUUAGCCUGUUAUAAGCGGGAAAAAUAGGUUUUCUUUUCAUAUUCUCACCAUAUUAUUCAUUCACUUAUAAAUGUCCCAGUUUCAAAGUAAAUAUUCAUUUAGCAAGUUACAUAUUUAGUUUACUAACUAGAUAUUUAGACCCAAACAAUAGAUUUAGCUUGCUAACAUUUUAAUAUUUAGUUUGGAACAAAAUCUGUAGCUUGCCAACUUCUUAAUAUUCUGUUUGGAACUAAAUAUUUAGUUCGGAGCUUACAAGCUAAAUAGCUUUAUAGCUUGUAAGAAACAACCUACCUAAAUAUUAGCAUGUUAGCUCACUAAUGUGCUAAUAUUUUGCUAAUAUUUAGCUAGGAGCUAAACAUAAAUUAAAUAUAUAGCUUGGUCA